AUGUUUGCUGGUGCUCCUUAUCAGAUGCUCUUGCUCAUAAAACAGGGGACGACAGCAACAGCGAUCAGAGUGGUGGGCUUGUUCGCCAUCGGCUGCAGAGACUGGUUGGAGAUUCUCGGUCACUACCAGAUAAACCCAGUUGUGGAUAAGAUCCGUCUCGCCAUGGGCCUGUUUCUGGAAUCGUGGCUGAGUGAAUUCCUGGCCGUCGCUCUGGUGGUGGUGGCAGCGGUCUGCGCACGGUAUUCUUAUUGCUACUCGUACUGGAGCAAGAAGGGUGUGCCUCAGGCACCGACCGUGAUCCCAUUCGGCAAUGCAGGACGAGUGUUUCUUGGGCUGACUCGUCUGGAAUUCAUGUUCCGAGACCUCUACUUUCGUUUCAGAGACCAUAGGUACGUGGGAGUAUAUAUGUUCACCGAACCAGGCCUGCUGCUGAUCGACCGAGACCUUUUUCGGCUGGUGUUCGUCAAGGAGUUUGAUGUAUUCUCCCACAGGAAUAUUAACUUUGAUGAGAAACAGCCACUGAAUCAUCACUUAUUCAACUUGAACGGAGAGAGGUGGAAGAGAAUGCGAGCUAAAAUGUCGCCUGCCUUUACAACAGGAAAGCUCAAAAUGAUGUGCCAAACGAUGCAGGACUGUGGGCGCGAACUCGUGGAGGUUCUCCAGGAGCCAGCGAAGAGGGGUGAGAUCCUGGAGAUGCGGGAGAUAGCAGCCAGGUUCACCACCGACGUCAUCGCCUCCGUCGGUUUUGGAGUCGAGUGCCAUGCUCAACGGAAUCCAGACACAGAGUUUCGCCAGUGGGGACGAAAAAUAUUCGAACCUACGUUGAAAACGAGGAUUUCAAGUCUCAUGUACAGGUUCUUUCCAGCUGUUGCUAAGGCACUACAAUUAAAGAACAGCGCUAGUGGGAGGUCAGGAUUCUUUCGGAAGAUGGUGGAGGAUACUGUGGAGUAUCGCGAACAACACGGCGUGGUCCGCAAUGACUUCCUCCAACUGAUGAUGCAGCUCAAGAACAAGGGCUUCAUUGACGAAGAAAGCAAACUGGGAUCCCAAGAAACCGAUAAAUGGAAGUUUACGAUGGACGACGUGGCAGCACAGUCAAUCCUGUUCUACGCUGGAGGCUUCGAGACGUCCUCGACUGUCACGAGUUUCGCGCUCUAUGAGUUGGCUCUCAAUCAAGACAUACAGAAGCGACUGCAUGAGGAGGUGGACGCGACGCUGAAAGAGCACGGAGGCCAGUUUACGUACGAGGCUCUUGUCGGGAUGAAAUAUCUGGACAAGGUCGUCGCAGAGACUAUGAGGAAAUAUCCACCGGUUGGCCUCAUUGACCGAAAAUGCACACGCGACUUCCAGCUUCCCGAUGGUGGACCUCUUAUUGAGAAAGGAAAGAUUGUGGUCGUUCCGGUUUACGCCAUCCACCACGACCCCGAGUAUUACCCAGAACCCCAACGCUUCGACCCCGAGAGGUUCUCAGAAGAGCAGAAAGCGGCGAGACACCCAUACGUAUACAUGCCCUUCGGCGAGGGACCCAGGAACUGUAUAGGAAUGCGACUGGGUCUUCUUCAGACUAAGACUGGUCUGGCGUACAUGAUGUCCAAGUACGAAGUUCGCCGUUGUGAAGAGACCGUCGUGCCUCUUCAGUUCACUUCAAUGAGCGGCGUUCUGACACCCACUGCCGGAAUAAAGCUGAAACUAGUCCAGAGGAAGUAG